AGGCUUCAUCCCCGAGCCAGACAGACUUGCGGGUGACAGGUGGACACAAGGUGUAAGCAGCAGAUAUUUACAAUUUCCCAAAGUUUAGGAGGCGAAACAUAGAAAGAGAUGUGGACGAGUAGAGGACCACGGCAUCACUUGUGGCUGUGGCUGUGUGUGUGCGUGUGGCUGUGUAUUCACGCUGUGCCCAUCGCCGUGGACAAGACUAAGAUCGAUCCCCCCGCAGAUAAACUGGACCCACCAGAGAGUACAGACACUGGACUUCACUAUGACCGCUACCUCCGAGAAGUGAUUGACUUUCUGGAGAAGGACCCCCACUUCAGGGAGAAACUCCACAACACUGACAUGGACUCCAUUAAGGAAGGUAAGCUGGCGAAGGAGCUGGACUUCGUGAGCCACCACGUGAGGACCAAACUGGACGAGCUGAAGAGACAGGAAGUGAACAGACUACGCACACUCAUCAAGGCCAAGCAAGACAUGGAGGGGGGAAAAGGUAUGACUGUGGACUACGAGGCCCUCCUGCGCCAGUUUGAACAUCUCAACCACAUGAACCCGCACACCUUCGAGGUGGAGGACCUGGAUCGCCUCAUUAAGUCGGCCACAAGUGACCUGGAGAACUAUGACAAGAGCCGGCAUGAGGACUUCAAGCAGUACGAGAUGCGGAAGGAGCAUGACAGGAGGGAGCACCUGAAGACGUUAGACGACGAGACGCGCAGGAAGGAGGAGGAGCACUACGAGGAGAUGAGGAAGAAGCACGCCGACCACCCGAAAGUCAACCACCCUGGCAGUCAGGACCAGCUUAAAGAGGUCUGGGAAGAGACGGAUGGUUUGGACCCGGAGGACUUUGACCCAAAAACCUUUUUCAGCUUACAUGAUACUAAUGGUGAUGGCUUUUUCGACGAGCAGGAGCUCGAGGCUCUCUUCACUAAAGAGCUGGAGAAGAUGUAUGACCCUAACCAAGAGGAGGACGACAUGAUUGAGAUGGAGGAGGAGCGGCUGAGGAUGAGGGAGCACGUCAUGAACGAGGUGGACACCAAUAAGGACCGGCUGGUGUCGCUGCAGGAGUUCAUGACCGCCACCAAGAGGAAGGAGUUUCUGGACACCGACCCCUGGGAGACCCUAGAGCAGGGCCAGAUGUACACGGAGGAGGAGAUGCGUGAGUUCGAGGAGCACCUGGCGCGCGAGGAGAGCGAUCUGAACCACAAGUCAGUAGAGCUGCAGAGGCAGAGAGAGGAGCUGGAGAAACAGCAGCAGCAGCUCAACGCACAGAAGGAGGAACUGCAACAGGCUAUGGAACACAUGGACAAGUUGAAACAGCAGAACCAACCGGACGAAGCUGCAUCAGAGGUCAAAGUGCACCUGAUGCCUGGUGGUGAGGGAGUGAUGCCCGCCUCCCUGCCCGGUGACAGCCAGGCCCUGCCAGCAGGCCAUCAGCAGGGCACACCCCUGCACUCUUAGCCACACCCACACCCACACCCAGGGCUGGACUGGCCAUCUGGCAUACUGGGCAAUUCCCGGUGGGCCCCCGCACCCUCGGGGGCCCCAUAUUUUCAGGGGUGAGUUUCUCAAAAGAGAAGUUGUUAGCCUGUUAGCAACUUCGGUAGUUGCCAAUGGGAAAAUGCAUUGAAAAUUACAAAGUAGCCCAGAAAUGUAAAAAAAAAUAAAAAAAAUUCAUAGGGGCCCACGAGGGUGCAGGGGCCCACCGGUGAGUCAGUUCUGCGCCCCUAAUUAUUAGUUGGGGGGCCUUUGAGCCAAAAGUGCCCGGGCCCUAUUUCUCCCCCAGUCCAGCCCUGGCCACACCCAUGCUGUUGGAGUGAGUGAAUGAAUGUAAUGAGUGUAAUGAGUAAUGAGUGUUUGUGUUUAUCUUGGCAUAUGGCUACUGUAUUCUUUGUAUUUGUGUGUGUGUGUGUGUGUGUGUGUGUGUGUGUGUGUGUGUGUGUGUGUGUGUGUGUGUGUGUGUGUGUGUGUGUGUGUGUGUGUGUGUGUGUGUGUGUGUGUGUGUGUGUGUGUGUGUGUGUGUGUGUGUCUGCGCGUGACGUGUAUGUUUGUGUGUUUGUGUUAAAGAGUAAGUUUAUCGAAAAUCGAAACUAAGGUCCAAACUGUUUUUCUAAAUCUACAUCUCAAAGCCUUUGUUUUAUUUAUAUAUAUAUAUAAAAAAAACAUUUCACAAUCUGCCACACAACACUGUUAAAGAAUGUGAAGAUGCCUUUGGCAAGGUACUACAUCCCUGAUAAAAUGAAAGUUUAAUUCAGACGGCAAAAUGUAAUGCAGAGUAAAUAAGCAAGAUGUUUACAGAGUAACUAAAAUGUGAAUACUACUCAUGUUACUGAGGGAGGGAGGUCAAACUAAGCAGAGAUAAGAGGGUAGAAUGAGAUUACUCAUCUACUGUAAGACAAAGACACGUGAGAGAGAGGAGAGACUGAGGUGUGCAGGUCAUGAAUGUAAUGUUGUGUGUGUGUGUGUGUGUGUGUGUGUGUGUGUGUGUGUGUGUGUGUGUGUGUGUGUGUGUGUGUGUGUGUGUGUGUGUGUGUGUGUGUGUGUGUGUGUGUGUGUGCGCGCGUGUGUGCAUGCGAGUGGAUACACUUUUGUCACUGAGUUUUGUAUGUGUGUGUACAUGUGUGCACACUACAGUAUGUGAUUGUCGCUACUGAUUGUUACUGCUUCAGUUGCACUGUCUUUAUUCACCCACCAAACCAAACUUAUAGGUGUCAGUCUCACUUCUUCAAAAGUACUGUUAAAACCUCUUGGUCUAUUUCUUGCACUUUUUGUUUGAUGUCAUCUGAUGCAAAAACAGAGAAUUGUGUGCAGACAGGCAGGUUUUGCAUAAUGUUUGAUGUUUCUGUUCUGUUCUUUUGUUGUUUUGUUUGUUGUGUUAUGAAGUUGUUGCAGAUGUGCGUAUUAAAUCACUGAUUGAAGCUCAA